GCUGAAUCAUUAUGAGGGACUUCCUUUCUGAGUAUUUGCAAGGUUGUGUUUUGUUUUUAAAAAUCUUUGCCAUCUCUCCUUAUUUGGAUCAUCUUUUGACAUUCAGAUCCCCUUUUGAUGCCUGGUGCUGUGAUCUUUCUCUGGAUCUGUUUUCUCUCCUUUUGGCUUGCUUAUUAAGAAUGACAGACCAGAAGAGAGUUGCUACGGAUGUGUAGAGGAGUGUUUGUUUGAAAAAUAUAUAUAUAUGCGUAACUAUGUCUGAAGCCACUCUGGAGAGUUUUCCCAACCCCUCGGCCCAGCUGAGCCCUACUGCAUCACUUGCCGGGCUCCCGGCUGAAGACGACACGCCAGAGACACAGACCGAGGAAAGAAGAGUGCAGGGAAUUGCAGGCCUCGCUGCUACCUGCUGUGUGUGCCUGGAGACAGAGCGUCUGACAAGCUGUCUCAACUCAGAAAAGAUCUGCAUUGUCCCGGUCUUGGGUUGCCUGAUCAGCCUUUGCCUCUGUAUUGCUGGCCUCAAGUGGGUGUUUGUGGACAAGAUUUUUGAGUACGAUGCUCCUACCCACCUUGAUCCUGGUAGGAUUGGACAAGAUCCAUUCACCUCUGGGGAUCCUAAUGCAUUAUCUGCUUGGGUGCCAUCUGUAGUGCAUACAUCGUAUUUUCCAAUACCCACCAGCAAAACAACAUUUGAGGUUACAGGUCAGCCUGAUGGGGCCCGAAUGCUUACUUCUGAGGCUCCUGAUCAGCCAUCCCCAUCUAAGAGCGUGUUAGAUUACCAUUUCCCACCCUCUUUGUCACCCUCCCUAGCUCCAUCUAGCCUAGACACUGAAGUAAAAGUACCUACAACAGCAUCUUUGGCACAAGACAUUGAAACUAAUAUCCAGACAGCUCCACCAAAACUAGCCACAUCUACAUCCACCACUGGGACAAGUCAUCUCACAAGAUGUGAUGUGAAUAAGAGAGGCUUCUGUGUAAAUGGGGGCGAGUGCUUCAUGGUCAAAGACCUUCCAAGUCCAAGAUAUUUAUGCAGGUGCCCAAAUGAAUUUACUGGUGAUCGCUGUCAAAACUACGUAAUGGCCAGCUUCUACAAGCAUCUUGGGAUUGAAUUUAUGGAAGCUGAGGAACUUUACCAGAAAAGAGUGUUGACUAUAACUGGCAUCUGCAUUGCCCUCCUUGUAGUUGGCAUCAUGUGUGUUGUGGCCUACUGCAAAACCAAGAAACAGCGGAAAAAGUUGCACGACCGUCUCCGUCAGGGUCUUCGAUCUGAACGUAACCACAGAGUCAACAUGGCCAAUGGGCCUCACCAUCCUCACCCACCACCAGAAAAUGUGCAGCUGGUGAAUCAAUAUGUAUCUAAAAAUGUAAUAUCCAGCGAGCACGCCGUUGAGAGAGAAACAGAGACAUCGUUUUCAACAAGCCACUACACCUCAACGACUCACCAUUCCACAACAGUCACCCAGACACCCAGCCACAGGCUCUUAAUCAGUUGGAGUAACGGUCGAACGGAAAGCAUCAUCUCUGAAAGCCAUUCCGCACUUGUGAGCUCCUCUGUGGAGAACAGCCGGCAUGCAAGCCCGUCAGGGGGGCGUGGGCGCCUCAAUGGCAUUGGAGGCCCCCGAGAAUGCAACAGUUUCCUCAGGCAUGCACGAGAGACCCCCGACUCUUAUCGAGACUCACCACACAGCGAAAGGUAUGUCUCUGCUAUGACCACGCCAGCGCGCAUGUCACCGGUCGAUUAUCACACUCCAAGUUCUCCCAAGUCACCUGCUUCAGAAAUGUCACCUCAAGUCUCCAGCCUAACCAUGUCUGUCCCUUCUGUGGCAGUCAGCCCGUUUAUCGAAGAGGAGAGGCCUCUCCUUCUGGUGACACCGCCCCGAUUGCGAGAAAAAUACGAACAUCACCUGCAACAGUUCAACUCCUCUUACCAUCACAAUCCUGCCCAUGAAAGCAACAGCCUACCACCAAGUCCACUGAGGAUAGUGGAGGAUGAGGAAUAUGAAACCACCCAGGAAUAUGAACCGACCCAAGAGCCCCCAAAGAAACUAGUCAACAGUCGGAGGGCAAAAAGAACAAAGCCCAAUGGCCACAUUUCCAAUAGAAUGGAAAUGGACACUGACACAAGCUGUGAGAACAGUAGCUCAGAGAGUGAAACAGAAGAUGAGAGGAUAGGUGAAGAUACGCCUUUUUUGAGCAUACAAAACCCAAUGGCAGCAGACCUAGAAUCAGCUUCUGCAUAUCGACUGGCUGACACUAGGACUAACCAAACUGCCCGGUUCUCAACGCAGGAAGAAUUGCAAGCAAGAUUGUCUGGUGUAAUAGCUAACCAAGAUCCCAUCGCUGUAUAAAGAAAAACUUUUAAAACCCCACAUAGAUUCACAUGUAAAACUUUAUUUUAUAUAACGAAGUACUCCACCUUUAAAUUAAAAUUAUUUUAUUUUAGCAGUUCUGCUAUUAGGAUUAAAAAAAAAACCACAGGAAAAAAACUUUUAUAAAUUAA